UUUCGUUUCAAAAUUCGUACAAGUGAAUCACAUUUUUAUCUUAUCUAUAAAAUGGAAUCAACCGAUUAUGCUUUCAAGCCUUACAACUGGCUUAACGAAGCUGCGAUUUUCAACAAAAACAAGGAGCGAAUACCAUUCGAAUGGCUCGAGGCGAACGCAGAUAUUAUUGUCCUACUUUUCUCAGCCGGCAUAACCGACAAGGAUGGGAUAAUCGAGAAAUUCUACGAUAUUUAUGAAAACGUUAAAUUCGUCAACGUACCUAUCGAAGUUAUUUAUAUACCUCUGGACGAAGAUGAAGAGGAAAUGUCUAAGGCUUACGAAAAACAAGCUAAUUGGUUCACUCUUAAUUUUGCGUGCCCCUUAAUACCUGUGCUUAAAUAUAUGUAUGGAAUUACAUGCAUUCCACACUUGUUAGUGAUUAGAGUUGAUGGGACAAUAAUUUCUAGCCAUGCAAUAUUAGAUUUGGAGGAAUAUGGUAAGAAUGCGGUCAUAACUUGGCUAUCCAAGUCAUCUUCCACUAAAAUACAUAGGCGAUUCAGCAAAGAACUGUCAAUGUAUGGAAAAAACUGGCAUCACAUUAAUGCAGAUCCAAAUAAAAUAUCAAAGGCACAUUACAGUAGAAAAUUCUCUAAUUAUUUACCCGGGAGUAGUUUAAAAUUCCCAGCAGCAUCAAAUUUAUCUAGCUCUAUCUAGGCAAGAUUUUUUUGCAUA